GGCUCUUUUUUAUUCUGUGGUCAAAUGUCAAUAGAGCGAGCAUUGCUUUCGUGUUGUUAUUAUGAUUUUUGUGUAACUUUUAUUAUUUAUUAAUUAAGUUCUUUAAACUGUAAUGUGGACAAAGUAUAAUUAGUGAACUCCUACAAUGGCUAACGAAAACAAAAUCUCUAAACCUGGGGCAGCAGCGUUAGAAAAUAUGAAGCUCUUGAAACACGAGAGUAACAUAUUUAAAGUACCAAAAGUGCCUCAAAAAAGGGACAAGAAGAAAACUCAAGUGCUAGACGAAGAUGUUUACGUUGAAGGUAUUGCAAAAAUUAUACAAAGAGACUUUUUUCCUGAUUUGGAGAAACUUCGAGCUCAGAAUGAAUUUUUGGAGGCCACGGAGAACAAAGACUAUGCUAGGCUGAGAGAGCUGACCAGGAAGUACAGUGGGAGCAGACCUCCCACAGAACCUUAUAAUUCACCGGCAACCUUUGACACACCACAUUCAGACAGACCAUUUUCUCCCGCGGCACCUACAGUAAGAGAAGACAGGUCAGAUUCAGACAAUGAGUCCAAUACCAAAGAUAGGACUAAGGACAGCACAGAUAAUCAUUCAUUAGAUUCAUACCUGGCCAGUCACACGAGUGAAGACAACGCAAGCUACGACCGCGUCAUAGCAUUAGAGAACAAAAAGCGCGCGAACAAGUUAGCGUCGCAGUUCCAGUCGGAAGUGACGUCGAAGGCGAUAGCCGACGCCGCGCUCGCGCUGCCCUCCAUAGAGCAGCAAGCAGACCAGACUAAUAGGCCACAUGAGCUAGACACAUGGCGCUACAAGGCGAAGAACUACAUAAUGUACGUGCCGGAGGGCGCGGCCUCGCAGCGCGCGCCGCCCAAGCCCGAGCUGCUGCAUCACAACACGCGGCUCAAGGUCGAGCCCUUCGACCACGUCAAGAACAAGGAGGCCAUCACUGCUAUAGCGAGGAGCCAGGAUGCGAGCGUGACGGGUAAGAUAGGUGUGGACGGUGUGAGCAUAACGACGGAGAAGGGCGGCGCGGAGUACUCGUUCGUGAGCACGCCGUCGCCGCGGCCCGGGCUGGGCCCCGACCAGAGCCCGCUCAUGACGUGGGGAGAGAUCGAAGGCACGCCCUUCCGGCUCGACGGCGGGGACACGCCCUUGCCUGCCGUGGGCGCGGGCGCGGCGUACCGCAUGCUGUCGUCGGGCUCGCGCGAGCGCCUGGCGCUGCAGCUGGCCGAGCGCGCCGCGCGCCGCCGCCGCCCCAACACGCCGCAAGCCACGCCCGCCACUCCCAGUUUCAGAUCAAACACCGAGCGCUUGGCGAGCAUGUCACCGGCAGCUAGGAAGUUGGCUGCUAAGCAUCUACUAUCACCCCGUCUCAAAUUGACUCCCAACGACAUGGGCAUUCUGUCUCACAACACUCCGAAGCGCACCCCGACGCCGCAGCGGCCCCUGGUGGCCACGCCGCGCAGUAAGAAGGCCGCGCGGCCCUCGCCCGCCGGCAGCGUCAACAACGACAACCUCACCGAGGACAACCUCACCGACAACCUCCUGCAGAUCAACGUCGCCAAACGAACCAGGUUAAAAGCAAAAGAUUUCUUCGAAUAAAACAAAUUAUGAUUUCGAA